CGAACGCGGGGUGUGGCUUUCCCGGCCCGGGCGCAAUGAGGCGGCUGCCCGCUGGGUGGCGCCGAUUUCCCGGGGAGGUCCUUUCUGGGCCCCCGGCGGAGGUGGGGGAGAGGCGGGCAGGCACCGAGCGAGGCCAGGGAGCCCUCUGCGUCAGCCACUGCUCGCUGCGCCGCGCCAGUACCAGCCAGGACUCAUCCGCAGCUCCAUGCUUGUACCGGGUUCGACUCGUCCAUCCUCCGAGAAGAGGCAGCCCAUGAGGCUCCCAGUACCCACUGAGUGCCACCCUGAAGGAUGUCCCAGCUCUCCUCCACCCUGAAGCGCUAUACAGAAUCGUCCCGCUACACAGAUGCCCCUUAUGCCAAAUCGGGCUAUGGCACCUACACCCCCUCUUCCUAUGGGGCCAACCUGGCCGCCUCCUUCCUGGAGAAGGAAAAACUUGGUUUCAAGCCGGUCUCCCCCACCAGUUUCCUCCCACGACCCCGAACCUAUGGCCCCUCCUCCAUCCUGGACUAUGACAGGGGCCGCCCCCUGCUGAGACCUGACAUCAUUGGGGGUAGUAAGCGGGCUGAGAGCCAGACCCGGGGCAACGAAAGGCCUUCAGGCAGUGGACUCAACGGAGGCAGUGGAUUCCCAUAUGGAGUGACCAGCAACUCACUCAGCUACCUGCCCAUGAAUGCCCGAGACCAGGGGGUGACCCUGAGCCAGAAGAAAUCGAACAGCCAAUCAGACCUGGCCCGGGAUUUCUCCAGCCUCCGGACCUCAGAUAGCUACCGGACUUCAGAUGGCUACCGGACCUCAGAUGGCUACCGGAUAGACCCUGGGAACUUGGGCCGCAGCCCCAUGCUGGCCCGCACUCGUAAAGAGCUCUGUGCCCUGCAGGGCCUCUACCAAGCAGCCAGCCGCUCUGAGUACCUAACUGACUACCUGGAGAACUAUGGUCGCAAGGGCAGUGCGCCACAGGUGCUCACACAAGCCCCUCCCUCCCGAGUCCCUGAAGUCCUCAGUCCCACCUACCGACCAAGUGGCCGCUAUACACUGUGGGAGAAGGGCAAGGGCCAGGCUUCUGGGCCCAGCCGCUCCAGUUCCCCAGGGCGAGACACCAUGAAUUCAAAGAGUGCCCAGGGUCUGGCUGGUCUUCGAAACCUUGGGAACACGUGCUUCAUGAACUCAAUUCUUCAGUGCCUGAGCAACACCCGAGAGUUGAGAGAUUACUGCCUUCAAAGGCUAUACAUGCGGGACCUGGGCCACACCAGCAGUGCACACACAGCCCUCAUGGAAGAAUUUGCAAAACUAAUCCAGACCAUAUGGACAUCAUCCCCCAAUGAUGUGGUGAGCCCAUCUGAGUUCAAGACCCAGAUUCAGAGAUAUGCACCACGCUUUGUUGGCUAUAAUCAGCAGGAUGCUCAAGAGUUCCUUCGGUUCCUUCUGGACGGGCUCCACAAUGAGGUGAACCGGGUGACUGUGAGGCCCAAGCCCAACCCUGAGAACCUUGAUCACCUCCCUGAUGAUGAAAAAGGGCGACAGAUGUGGAGGAAGUAUCUAGAGAGGGAAGACAGUCGGAUUGGGGAUCUCUUCGUUGGGCAGCUAAAGAGCUCCCUGACGUGCACCGACUGUGGCUAUUGCUCUACUGUCUUCGAUCCCUUCUGGGACCUCUCGUUGCCCAUUGCAAAGAGAGGCUAUCCUGAGGUAACAUUAAUGGAUUGCAUGAGGCUCUUCACCAAAGAGGAUGUGCUGGAUGGGGACGAAAAGCCAACAUGCUGCCGCUGCCGAGCCAGAAAACGAUGUAUAAAGAAAUUCUCCGUGCAGAGGUUCCCAAAGAUCUUGGUGCUCCACCUGAAGCGGUUCUCAGAAUCCAGGAUACGAACCAGCAAGCUCACAACAUUUGUGAAUUUUCCACUAAGAGACCUGGACUUGAGAGAAUUUGCUUCAGAAAACACCAACCAUGCUGUUUACAACCUUUACGCUGUGUCCAAUCACUCCGGAACCACCAUGGGAGGCCAUUAUACAGCCUACUGUCGAAGUCCAGUAACGGGCGAAUGGCACACUUUCAAUGACUCCAGUGUCACACCCAUGUCCUCCAGCCAAGUGCGCACCAGCGACGCCUAUUUGCUCUUCUAUGAACUGGCCAGUCCACCCUCCCGUAUGUAGCAUUGAGGAGCUACAGCCCUUCCCUCUUCCCUGUGGCAGCCCCGCGUCCUAAGUUUUUUAAAAAUUCAGAAAAAAAACACAAAAAAAAAAAACAACAAAAUCCUGACAAGUAAGAGAAAAAUAAAGUAAAAUAAAGCUGCCGAGCAGAAGUUGAAACGGCCUGGUCGGGGUCUGGAGCAAGGAGCCCGGUGCCCCUGAGCCACGGCCCGUCAGGGGAGACGGACUGAUGCAGAGACAAGUCAGCAGCGUUCCUCAGCUCCUCGGCUUCUCUUGUUUGCAUUUUUAAGCUUGUGGUUUUUCCUGUGUGUAAUAAACAACAGUGGUCCGUGGGGAGAAGAUAGAUCCUCAGUCCACCUGCUGCCCUCUCCUGCCCUACACCUUCUGGGAGGACAGCGCCCUCUGGAGCCUGCUGGGAGCAUCGCUACUGGAUGGAGCUAGGGAGGAGCCUGCACGGAGUCCCCCACCCUGGACCUGCUCACCAGCCCAGAAAGGAAACACCCAUGAGCCAAGAGCCCUCUUAAAGCUGCUAAGUCCAGGGGUACAGAUGAGGGGGACAUCUUUGAAAAAAGCUGGUUUGGGUUUUCAAAAGCCCACUUUUUUUAAAAAAAAUUAACUGUAACGAACAUGUUCCGACUGGAGAUGCUGUCCUUCACACCUCUUCUCAGCUGGGACAUUGGGCUGGCCCUCUGGUUUUUUUUUUUUGUUUUGUUUUGUUUUUUUUGUUUUUGUUUUUUUUUUUUUGUUUUUGUUUUUGUUUUGUUUUGUUUUUGAGUUUGUUUUCUCUCUCCCUCCCCCCCCUCCAAAUACAAUUUCCCUAAUGGAACACCACAUUUCCCUGUGGUGUUAGGUGUCGGCCAGGCCCAAGAAUAGUCACAGUAGACCUGAGAUCUAAAUAAGUUUUCUGUUUUGAAGGUUUUUUUUUUUUAAUUACUUUCUUUUUUCUUUUUCUUUUUUAAUGUUUUGGAUGGAAUCUAGUUGCCUCCAAGAAUUGUGCCUUAAUAGCAUUUGGGGACCAGGGGGUAACUUCCCCUUCCUGAGAUAUCCCUCACCUGUUUCCCUUUAUCCCAAUGCCAUGUUCAAAGCCUCCUGGGGAAAUGAGGUGCUGCCUUUAGCCCCUGGCUAGUUGUGCAUUGCAGUGGGGUUAAGAGGGAAGUGGAUAAAGGAUGUUUAAGAUAGUGUAUCAAGUUCUUCCUGUCGUCCUCUCUCCUACCCUUGGUCUACUCCCCAGCUGUUUGAAGGACAGCACAGGCCCCUUGUCCCUAGAGCUUCGCCUUUAAUUUAUUCUCUUCCUAAUGCCCCUGUACCCCAAGCUUCCUGCCACCUGUCCCUUUCUCAGAGUCUCCUGGACAAAGGCCCUCUGGACUGAGCUUCUCAGGGACACCCAUGCCACCCUUUACCCCUCUUGGCAUCAGUCUUUGGUCCUGCCCUGGGAGCUUGAGCCUGGAUGUCUGGGGAUGUCUUGUAUGAUUCUUUCCCAUGGACUUGAUUUGGCCCUCAGUCAUUAGGCAAAACUCCAUGCUGUCCCAAGAGCCAAGCUAUUCAGCACUAAGGCAUUUUGCACACCCCCACAGGUGGGCCUGGCUUAUGCCCUCAGAACCUGGAGUGCUUGAGUGUUCCCAGGAUGAGGCACUGGAGAAAGACACCCUGAGUUUACCUGGCCUGAUACCCUUCUCUGGGGAAGACUGUGAACCUGAGCCCAAGGGCUGGUGUACACUUGUUUACUAUGUAAGCAAGAGUAGAAUGUCUAAUUACAGUGGAGCCUUGUACAGAAUAAAUAGUAGCUUUGAGAAAGAA